AUACAUACCCGAAAUCAUGGCUGAAGUUCAGGUCGUGCAAGCGCUUUUAUUCGGUGAUCAAGAAGCCAAGGUUGCGGCUGCUGAGACGGUUAUACAUCUCACGAACAAGCAGAGACAGAGAUUGGUUGAUAUUGGAGCCAUUCCUCCUAUUGUCUCCAUGCUUCAUGCUUCUCGAGAUUUAAAAUCUGCAGAAUCCGCGAUUUUUGCUCUGCUCAGUCUUGCAUAUGGCAGUGAAAGAAACAAGAUCCGGAUUGCAAAGUCAGGAGCAAUUCCUCUACUUUUAAACAUCAUACAAUCCGAAAUCCAUCCAUUGGUGGAUCAUGGAAUAGCAGCCCUUUUGGUCUUAUCAUCAUGCUCAGCAAACAAACCAGCAAUGGCAGACUCGGGUGCCAUUCAAAUCCUAAACGAAACGCUUCUUAAAAACAAUAACACCCAAGUAAACCUCGAUAUCAUAGUCACUCUCCAUAACCUAUCACCGUGGAUUCCCACCGCUCUCUUAUCAUAUACAUCAUCUUGUUUAAUUUGUCUCAUUAACGAGUCUGAAAAAUCAUCAAAAUUAGUUGAAAAAUCAAUGGGUUUACUUGAAAACAUUGUUUCUGCAUCGGAUGUUGCCCUGAGAGAGAUCGGUUUGACCAAUGUCGGGAUUCAGGAACUUGUCGAGACUAUAGAAGAAGGUUCAAAGCAGUCUAAAGAGUCUGCAGUUGGGAUACUGUUAAUGAUAUGUGAGAGUGGUAAGGAAGUAUACAGAGGGAGGAUUUUAAGAGAAGGGGCGAUUCCUGGAUUACUACAGCUUAGUAUUGAUGGAACAAAACGAGCUAAAGGAAAAGCAAAAUCACUGCUUCGGCUUUUGAGGGAUUGUUCAAGUGACUGUAGAAGUGAAAGAUCAAAGAAUGUGGUUUUGGAACAGGUAAUGGGGGAGAUUGAUAGAGGUGAAAUGGGAGAAAUGGAGCUUGGAAUGAUGGAGGAGAUGAUUGCUAGGCUUUCUACAUGAUGAAUCUUCUUAUGUAGGAAAAAACAAGUUCACGAUGUUUGUGAUUGUAUAUAUAUAUAUAUCCAUUUCAUGUAUGGAAUUAAAUUCCAGCUGAUUAUAGUUA